AUGAUUCCCAAAAACAUCUAUGAGCUCUGCCAGAAUGGCCAGUCGAUUACUUCCGAGCUGGCCAAAGAUCCUUCCUUGUCUCCUCACGCGGCGGCCAAGAAACUCUUUGGCGUCAACAUCGACGAUGAGGUCGUCACCAAGAAACUGGACCUGGGCAAGGAAGAACCGAGUGAUCUGGAAGAGGCUCGAAAGUGUGGAAAAUGGGGCAACUCUAAUCCCAGCGAUCUGUUUCUGAGGAUCUAUCAUGAUGUCCUGUGCACGCUGGAAAAGAACCCUUUGGUGGGCUUGUGUGCUCCAUCGCUCCUCGGCAGCAACGGAGUCUGUCCGCUCACAAUCAUGGCGACUAUCCCUGACAUCUGCCGGCACAUGUCUAACAUGAUAGCGAGGGCUGAACAAGAGGUCUACCUAGCGACCAACUUCUGGAUGUAUUCAGAACCCACCAGGUUGAUUACGAAUGCACUGAGAGAGCUUUCAAAAAAGGCUGUCCAAACCAACCGCCGGGUCGUCGUCAAGAUUAUCUAUGACAGAGGAAGUGCCAAACAGUUUGUGAAAAACCACCUCAUAGUGCCACCGAAAGAAUUUGCAGACCCCGAAGGUAAAGUUCGAAUCCCUCAUCCUGACGAGCUGCCAAACAUGGACAUCGAAGUCAUGAAUUUCCACCGACCAAUGUUCGGGACAUUCCAUGCCAAAUACAUGAUCGUGGAUCGCCGCAUUGCCAUUGUACAAAGCAAUAACAUCCAAGACAACGACAACAUGGAGAUGAUGACGCAAUUGGAAGGACCAAUUGUGGACUCAUUCUAUGACCUUGCGCACAUUUCAUGGCACAAUGCGCUUCAACCACCCCUGCCGUUGCUGAGCCGACCUGCUGCGGAUUUACCGGUUCCCACAUUCUCGAGCGACAUCCAUGCGACCCUGUUUGACGAGAACGGAAAGUUGGUCCCCGUGUAUCAAGCGCCCACGCCGGUCCCGGACGGGCACGAGAGCCUGAGGGAAAUUGCCGAGCAUGGAUCGCAGAUGGACUUGCCUCAGCACACAUCAGAAGACCCCCAUUACGACCCUGACAUCAAGUCGGAGGUGCUGCGCGCCGUGGCCUUCUUGAAACCACGCGAAGGAGAGACAAGGAUCAAUGCAAUCACCCGCCUCCUCAACACGACAAUCCAGCCUGAUACGAAAGGGAGCGCACCGGAUAUUGGACCAGCCGACGCAAUGACCCCUCUCAUCCCGAUACCACGACAUGACCCUUUCCCGAUUGCCAUGGUAUGCCGCCCGCCAUGGGGAGCGCCCAACAAGCACUCUUUGCACACCCCGCAAAAUGAGGCCUUCACGUCUGCCCUUCGUCAUGCGACCAAGUCGGUUUUCAUUCAGACACCCGACUUGAACGCCGAAGCCCUUUUGCCCGAAAUUGUAGCGGCUUGCCGACGAGGGGUCAAGGUCAGUUACUAUUACUGUCUCGGAUACAACGAUGCGGGAGAGCUGCUGCCCGCGCAGGGCGGACAUAACGAAAUGAUAGCACACGGACUGUACCGCGACGUGGGACCGGAAUAUCGCGACAACCUUGACAUCUAUGCCUACGUAGCCAAAGAUCAAAUCCAUCCCAUCCACAACAAAUUCAAGCAGCGGUCAUGUCACAUCAAGCUGAUGGUCGUGGACGACCACAUUGGCAUUCAAGGCAACGGUAACCAAGACACGCAGAGCUGGUAUCACAGCCAAGAAGUGAACGUCAUGAUUGAUAGUCCAUUGGUGGUGGGUAAGUGGAUGGAAGGAAUCAGACAGAAUCAAAACACGCACAUCUAUGGGAAAACGGAGAAUCAAGGACCUGAUGCUGGAUGUUGGAAGGAUCCGAAGACUGGCCAGCAGGCCGAGGGGGCGAUUGGUGUCGACGCAGGCAAGUUUUCAUGGGCCACAGGUGUUAUCGGUGCAGUGCAACGGGCAUUUCCGGGCGUCACGUCAUACCACUGUUGGCACGCGCCUGAGUCUAGGAAAGUGGUGGACAUUCGUCAUGUGGCAGGGUCGUAUACUCUGAGAACCUCUCCCAAGGCUUCGAAGUCCCCGGCGCACCCGACGCCGCCCUCCCCUUUCCACCCUCCUCCGAACAACUCGCAACCGUAUACCUCAGCCGUGGCAGCACGUGGAAUUAUUUUCAUCCCAGCCGACAACCCUCUCAUCGGUUUGAUGGUAAUAGUAUGCCUCGGAAUGGCGGAGGUGUGUUCAUGCCAGUUCACCGUCCAGGUUGGAGAGCUAAUCGACAAGGGCCAGUCGAUCGGAAUGUUCCAUUUCGGCGGCUCGACAGAUUGCUUGGUAUUCAGGCCGGACACCAAGUUGUCUGGCAACAACCCUGUCCAUCCGCCUCCAUGGGACCCGGAUGCCACGAUCAACCUUGCGGUCUGUGAUGGCCUGGCGGUGACCGGGUCGUUCCUGGUAGGAGUUGGGGCGCCAGCGGGCAAUGUGGACGGAGGAUGGAAUCAAUAUUCACAAGAUUAUGAGCGCAAAGACGUAAAGGAGAAGAAAGACUCAUUCUGA